UGGGGUAAAUUUGGUUGUUCGGCGUAAAACUGCUGACUAUAUGUCUAGCGCGAAUAAGUUGAACUGAACAAAUGAGUAAAAAAUCGGGAAGCGAGAACGACAAGCCAUCAGGGACUAGUCCGAAGAGCGUGGAGAGUCCAUCGCUCGAACUCACCGUUGAAAACGUGCAGAGACUGGAGAAAGAGUUGAAGGUACCGGACAGGUUGUAUGGUUCAAGUCAGUCCAUCGAGGGAUACCUGGAAACAACAGGAUACCUCCAUGAUGGCACAGCUCAGAUAAGCAGGAAAGCUUCUCGUGAGGGACACAGAAGCCUCUCAAGAAAUUCCUCCCCUUGCACCUCUCCUGAGUGUGUACACAUCCUUGGAGUGGAUGGGACAGUCGUCACUAGAAUAAGCAGAUCAACUCAGACCGAAUGGAAUUGGGUCUCACAGAAGCACAGCCAGAGCCUGUGCAGUCAGACUGAAGGAUAUGUGGUGAAACAUCAAAAGACACCUGUCGAGCAUGAGGACCAUAAAGGCCAUAACUCUGAGGAGACGGCUGAGAUGGAAAUCAUGGAAGAUAAUGAGGAGACUGUAACAAAGAGCAGAGACUCACAAGUCCCUCCUCAAGUGGAGCAUUUGACAGGGAAGUUUGACAAGAUCACAGUCCUGACUUCCAGUUCAGAUUCAUCUGCGAAGUUACCCGAGUGUGAGUUGGCGUCUCUUCUGUGCGAGCACUGCCGGCGAGAGAAGAAACCCCCAGUGACUCGCGAGCAGCUGGAGAAAAUGACCGACCCAGCGGAGUCGUUUUGUUGUGAGGUUGCCUGGAGGAUGGCCGAUCCCAAAGAGGGGGAAGAGGAGAAGGGAAAGGCCUCUAAAUCUGUACAGGAAAACAGAAAGAUCAAUGACGUCGACCCUCAUCCCCUUUUGACCGAAGGCAAGGAAAAGCUAGCGCAGAGGCUGAGAGAAUGGGUGUCUAAAAGAUCCCAAGACUCAAACCCCUCUGUAUUUUACACCAGACAACCCGGAAAUAAAAUGGUUUCAAAGAACACCAUCUGCUAUCGACUUUCAAAUGACUUAUGGAACAUCCAAGAGGAGUCUCAACUUCCGGAAAUGGAAAUCAUUACCCCUCCUGAGACAUUGAACCUUCCAGAUAGGGAACCAGGGGUCAAGAGGACAAACAUCCUUGUGAGAUACUACAGGAAUGGCAAAACAUUUGUCCUUAUAUUUCCAGACGGAACAGGACAUGUUUUCUAUCGAUCAGGUCGGAUUGCAGUCCUUAUAUCUUUAGUCCAUCCUGGACAUUUUAUUUAUAUCAUACUGGAGGACGCUCCAUACCUGCCGCGGAUUCAGGCCAUAUUCACAUCCAGGGGCCAGGCCACGUGCUACCACCCCAACGGUCUUGUUAGUGUGAAUCUGACCCGUGAGGGUGGUACCUGGAGCAGCGAGAGUGGGGCGCUGAAGAGAUGCUGGAGCUGGCUGGACCUCAGCGCCCACGUUCACGCCCCGCCCCUACAGUCCAUCGGCAUGAUGCUGAGCCCUCACAUCAGCAUCCGCAUCUGCAGCCAGGAGAACAUCCCCCUCACCUUCACCGCCGGCAGGAACAGCGUGCGCUUCAACAUGGGGACCAAACUCAAGGUGGGACACUCAAAGGGCCUCAUGUGGCCAGGCCCUGACAUCCUCGAGUCUUAUCUCCACAAGAGAAGCGUGCAGAUCUCCAGCCUGCUACUGAACCUCCAGGGCAGCGUGUCCUUUCAGCGGCCCGAGCCCGGCCAGGUCGGCCCCCAGUACAGCCUCCGUGCUCAGGGGGAGAGGAGGAGGAGGGAGAGGGCAAAGCAGCACAGGCCAUCCAGGCCCAAAUUACCUCAUAUCCUGACAAGAACGGCACGAUUGAUUUCACAUGGACAAAUUGAUUCAUAUCAGAAAUAA